AUGGCCAAAAGCAUCCAAGAUCCGGAGAUACUCUCCACGAUCAACACGAAGCCACCGACAAAGAGAUAUCACCCAUCACCUCUUGCGUGGGAGGACCAGCUCCUGUACUUCCUGCUGCCCGAUCGCUUUUCGGACGACAACGAGAAGAACUACAAGGAUAUCGAAAACAGACCCGUCACCUCCGGCUCAACCCCGUUGUUCCAACAAGGCCAGGACAACGGCAAUGCCAUUCGCACAGACGCCGACGCGGCUCAGUGGCGCGCAAAGGGUGGCGUCUUCGUGGGUGGUAAGCUCAAAGGCCUGAAAAGCAAACUCGGCUAUUUGCAAAGACUGGGCGUGACGGCGCUGUGGAUCGGGCCGAUCUUCAAGCAGGUCGCCAAACUCGAGACGUAUCACGGCUACGGAGUGCAGGAUUUCCUCGAUGUGGAUUCCCGCUUCGGGACGCGUGAGGAGUUGAGGGAUCUUGUGGCAACGGCACACGAACACGGCAUCUAUGUCCUGUUGGACAUCAUCCUCAACCACAGCGGCAAUGUCUUCGAAUACAUCGCCACCGAUCCGCACUACACAGGCGACACGUUUCCGGUCAAGGGGUUCUACGACGAGAACCGAGAGGCAGACAUCCCUCUCGGCACGGUCGACGCACACACGUACCCCAACGCAUUCCCCAACGCCGCGAUCUGGCCCUCGGAGCUCCAGGGCGCAGAGUGCUUCACGCGCAAGGGCCAGAUCAACGGCAACGGCUGGGACAAUGCGCCGGAAUACCUGGACGGGGACUUCUUCGACCUGAAGGACCUGGCACUGGGCGCGUCCAACCCGGACCACUUCAGCGCGACGCCGGCGCUGCGCGCCCUCGCCGCCUGCUACAAGUACUGGAUCAACUACGCGGACCUGGACGGCUACCGCAUCGACACGGUCAAGCACAUGGGCGACGGGCCGACGCGGUACUUCGCGAGCGUGAUCCACGAGUACGCGGCGCGGCUGGGCAAGGACAAGUUCCUGCUGAUCGGCGAGAUCACGGGCUCGCGGGCGUUCGAGACGGUCGAGGCGACGGGCCUCGACGCCGCCCUGGGCAUCGGCGACGUGCAGGAGAAGCUGUGGCGCGUGCCCAAGGGCCAGGCGAACCCGAGCGACUAUUUCAAUCUGUUCCGCAACGCCCUGUUCCUCAACAAAGGCAGCCACACGUGGUUCCGCGACCGGGUCGUCACCAUGAUCGACGACCACGACCAGGUCUGGCGCGGCGGCGACAAAGGCCGGUAUUGCUCCGACGGGGACGGCGCCGAGCUCGUCCUCGCCGCCCUCGCCCUCAACCUGCUGACCCUCGGCAUCCCCUGCAUCUACUACGGCACCGAACAGGCGUUCGAUGGUCAGGGCGGCUCAGACCGGUACAUCCGCGAGGCCAUGUUCGGCGGCGCGUUCGGUGCGUUUCGCUCCAAGGGCCGCCAUUUCUUCGAUGAAGCGAAUCCCGUCUUCGCCGGCACGGCCGGCAUUGCCACCGUGCGAGCAGCUGAGAUCGCUCUGCGUCGUGGAAGGCAGUAUCUCCGUGAGAUCUCGGGUGAUGGCGUGCAUUUCGGCUUGCCUUCCAGGAUUGGUGAUGGUCCGCUUCGGUCGGUCAUUGCGUGGUCGAGGUUGUUUGCCGAUGAGGAGGUGCUUUGUGCUAUCAGCACGGAUGCUAAGCAGGUGUUGAGUGUCUGGGUUACGGUCGAUGCUGAGGUUCAUCCUGCCGGGACGGAGCUGGCGCUGUUAUAUUCUUCUGCUGACGGUGGAGUAGCUACUGAGGUGCCGCAGAAAAUAGCCGUCGAGGCGAGGAGUGGAAGGAGUACGGUCAAAUUGACCGUUCCACCGGGUGGUGUUUUGGUGUAUAAGUGA